AUGGUCAUCGUCGCAUUACUUAGGUACUAUGUUACUAAGAUCAUGUAUGCUCCUGACAAUCAAGUACUUCAGCCAGCAAAUAUGAGCUUUAGAGCAUUAAAGAAGACCAUUUUUGAAAAGCUAGCUGAUUUUACCAAGGAAGACCCAGGUGAAAUCAAUGUACUAUAACUUCUUGAAUCUGUUAAGUCUGAUGUAAAGGAUAACAAUGCAUUGGCAAGAAGUACAAGAAUCAGAAAAGGGUGUGAAUAUCUUCCUGAAGAUGCAGUCAAAGUUAGAAAGUCAUACUUCUGCAAAGAAAACGAUGGCUACUUCAACAAAAAGGUAGGAGGCGUCAAUCCAAUGGCUAUGAUGAACCCAGAUAUGAUGUCUAAUAUGAUGAAGCAAAAUGUUCAAGGAAUGUUCAAUAUUUUCCUAUUCUCAGUAGUUGGAUCAUUUUUCUCAGGAUUUAUCAUUGCUCAAGUUCCCUUCCCACUAGGAUAAAAAUUCAAGGGUUUACUUCAACAGGGACUUAACCUCUAAGCCUUAGAUCCCAGCUAUGUUUCUUCUAUGAGUUGGUGUUUCCUUUUAAUCUUCGGUCUUUAAGGUGUUCUAAACUUAAUCCUUGGUGACUCUGAUGGGAUGGAUGACAUGUCACAAAUGAUGCCAAAUCCAAGCUAGAUGAUGGGAUAAGGAGGAAUGGAUUAGAAAAACUAUUAAGCCUUAUUCAAGAGUGAAAAAGAAAACUACGAGAUUUUGAGCUACAAAUUUAGACUCGAAGAUGCUGAAGAUGCUUUCUUAGCCAAAUAUCAGAAGAAAAUUCAGUGA